AUGACCAAAUUUUAUCUUCAAUACAAGAACAACUCUCCAGUGCUUAUCGAUACAGACAACGGAAGAGGAACACAAGGAACUCUACCUCUGAUUACUGUUUCUCAUUUGAUUUCAGCUUACAAGACUGCUGCCACUCUCCUCCUUGACGCUAUUCCUGUUGACGAACUCACUCUUCAUUUUGAGGAGUAUGGUCCAGCCAUUUCUCGAUAUGGGUUUCUAACCUCUAUUCAACAUCCUUUUGGUUGUUACAACAAUCCACUGACUAUUAAAUCCAAGAAUGAUGUGAAUGUUGACCGUCCCUAUCAAAGAUACUUUGUACAAAGUAAAAGUGACCAAGAAUUCAUCGACGCCAAUAAUUUGAAAUUGCGAAAACCAAAUGACGCUUUCAAGUAUUUGAUACAUCAUCUGGAAAAUAUUGUCGAUGUAUCAAGGCUACCAAAUAACGCCGUAUUUAACGACAAUUGCUGGGAACACCGUCUUGAUAGGAGAGUAACCAAUUAUCAAAUUGACAAUGUCGAUAAUAUCAAACUGUUUUUUGCUGUUUCUGGUGCAGGAAAAACAAGGAUGUUUCUAGAGUUGCUUUAUUCAAACUUUGGGUACUACUUUGCUUGCAAGAGCUCUCAAGAUGACUUUGGUUCUACUGACAUGUAUGAAUGCCUGGUGUAUUGCGACAAUAACUAUCAGCCUGAACUCACUCAACAUGCUAUCCAACUGUUGUGUUUCGUUCGGGUUUCUGUUUGCAACUACUUGAUAAGCAAGGGAUUCAAGGAACCUUGGCAAAUUCUUCUGGCUCAACUCCAUCCUAUCGCAUUCUUUGGGCUUGACUUGUUUGAGUGUCUUUUUACGACCCUUGUAAAAGAGCCUGGACUUUCUCCAACUGCCAUUACAAACCCGUUUCCUUUUAUUGCCAUUGAUGGAGUUCGAAAUCUUGCAGGAGGUCGUCGUUUUCAUUUUCAACCAGAAAGUAGAAACUUUCGUCCCUUUUUCACUCCAUUGGUAUACCAUUCCAAAAUGAUGGGAAUAUUUCCUCAUUUCCUACUGUCUGCCACCAGUAUUGACUUUGAACUCAUCAAAGAGCUAGUGGAGUUUAGUGCUAUGAAGGAUGAUCAAAUCACAGAUUGUGUAGUUGUAUCAGAUUUCCAUUCUCUGACAAAGCUCGAGGUCGAACAGUAUGUUAGACAAUUUUUACAAGACCAUCAAGUCAAUCAACUGGAUGCUAUUGUAUCAAGAAUUUCAGCCUUUGAAUUAUGUCAUGGAAGACCAUGUUUUAUAUCGUAUAUUCUGGGCACAUAUAUGAAAUCAAAUGAUAUUGACGCUGCGAUUGGCAAAUUUAUCACUGGGAUAUCUAAUGUUGAUGGCCAGAUUUUCCCGCUUAGAUUCUUGAAAAAUGACCUUGAUGAAGGCAUUCGUUCAUUUGACAAAGUCAUUGCUGGUGAUAACCUGUCAGGACCCAUUUGCGACGCAUUUAUUGAUGCCAUCUGGAAGGGAAAAAUGUACCUUAAUGUAACUGGAAAUGACGGUGCUACUGCAAUACGUUACGGUUUGGGAUUUGGUCAGACUGUCAAUGGAACUAUAUCUUCCAUUGAAAUUCAAGAGUUGGCCGUAAUCGAGUGUCUUUGCUACUUUUUGCCCUUUGCACACACUGUCAAAAGUUUAUACCAAAGAAUUGGCUCGUCUCUUAACCCUAACCCUCAAAUGGUUGGCUAUUUGGCGGAAUACUUGGUUGCGUUUGCUUUAGUAGCCAACCAUUCUGGUCCUGAUGCUGCCAAUAGUAUCAAGGCAUCCCGAGAUUCUGCAUCCAGCUAUUUACUAUUUGGUGAUUCAAGUCAAGUAUGCUUUCCCGAUCAUAUGUGUGGACCAGAUAUCAUCUACAAGUGUGCCAAUACAAAUACUGUAUACAUUGUACAAGUCAAAUUUGUCGAGAGAAUGUCAAAACAAGAAGCUGCAAACGCUUACAAUACUACAGAUCCUGAACGCUUUUAUUGCAAACGUAAUGGCGGUGGAGUGUCGGAAGGGUUUGAAGAAGAACGAACUUACCUUCUUAGCACUUUGUCGAAACUACACGAAUCAGGCUACUCAUUGCAACAGACUCUGGUUAUUCAUACUGCUGAAAAGAACCCUGUUGAUGUUCAAGGUAUGGAAAUCAUCAAUAGUCAAAACUCGCCUCAGUUUUUUGAUGAGAUUGGCAAGAGUGUUUGGAGUUUUUUGGAUUCAGUUGGAAAUAACCUUCAAUAA